AUGACGAUGAAGCCUGCAUGGCUAAAAGGGCUAAUGGGGGAGAAAUUCUUCGAGCAGUGCGGGAUCCAUCAGAAUCGCAGGAAGAACGAAAAGAACAUUUUCUGCUUGAAUUGUUGCCGAAGCUUUUGCCCUCAUUGUCUUCCUUCUCAUUCCACCUCUCAUCCUUUACUCCAGGUAAGGAGGUACGUCUAUCAAGAUGUUAUUAGAUUGGACGAUCUUGAAAAGCUCAUCAACUGUUGCUACAUUCAGCCCUACACAAUAAAUAGUGCAAAAGUUAUAUUCUUGAAUCAAAGAGCUCAAUCUAGAUCUUGCAAGGGUUCUGGCAAUACUUGUUACACCUGUGACAGAAUUCUUCAGGAGCCAUUUAACUUCUGUUCACUCUCAUGCAAGGUGGAUCACAUGACUUGUCAAGGAGAAGAUUUAUCGAGUAUUCUGUCUAGAUUUGACAAACCUGAUUUCACAAUAUCGCAAUUCGAGGACCUAUGCAUGGAUGCCCCAGACGACGCUCAAAUGACGCCCAAUCCCUUCUUAGAGGUCGAUCCAAUUUUGGAAGAAUAUAGAGUUGCGUCUCACUCUAGCUACAGCAUAGGCAAUUCUGCGAUCUUCAAGGAAAAAGAAACAGCGAAAAGGAAGGGGAAAGGCGGGUUCCUCCCUGGUAUUAUGCUCUCCUUGAGCAGCAGGAGAAAGGGAGCUCCUCAUAGAUCUCCUCUUUCUUGA